AUGGACUUAGGAUAUAACCGAAUAUUUCUUGAAAAUUUGAGGGUUUUUAUGGCAUUAGCCCAAUCACCACCACCCGCCACCAUUACUCCCCACCCACCACUCGACACCACCAAUAAUCACCAACCACCACCACCACCUCCCACCCACCCACCACUCAUCAUCAACACCUCGCUCAACAACCCAUCACCACCACCACUACUCACCGCUCACCAAAACCACCACCACCGUCACCCACCAAAACCACCACCCGCUACCAUCCAACACCACCGCCCACAAAAAUCACCACCUAACACAAUCACCACCACCCGCCUCCACCACUACCUACCACUAUCCACCACCACCAACACACAUCACCACCACUUGUCGCCGCCACCCCCACCCACCACCCACCAAAACCACAAUCCCAUUACUACCACCAUCACUGUCACCCACAUCCACCACCCACCACCACUACCCAUCAUCACCACAUGCUUCCUCUACCCAUCACAACCACCAUCCACCAAAACCACCACCAACCACCAUCACCUCGCACCACCCACCACCACUACCCAUCAUCACCACCUGACGAGUCAUAAACAUAAACUCAACCCAACCCAUAUAAUAUAUGGGUUAACGGGUUGGCGAGUCACGUGUUGGUGGGUUGGAUACCUCAACCCAACCCAACCCAUAUAA